CAGGUUAUACAAGAGGUGUUCUAAGAGACAAAAAUGGAGGUUUAUUACCAGCAAUAUUGCAGGGUUUUCAUGGUGGCAAUAAUACUACUGCUCUUGAUAGUACUGCCUUCUGGUUCUUCAUCCCCGGCGACGACUCGCCGCCUUCAUUUUAGUCUUGAAUGGAAGGAGGUGACUCGUUUGUGUCACACAAAGUCACUUCUAACAGUGAAUGGACAAUAUCCAGGACCAACUAUUGCUGUUCAUGAAGGUGAUAAUGUUGAAAUUAAGGUCACAAACCGUAUUGACCAGAAUACUACCUUGCACUGGCAUGGAAUAAGGCAGCUGAGAACAGGAUGGGCAGAUGGUCCAGCAUAUGUGACACAAUGCCCAAUCAGAGGAGGCCAAUCUUAUACAUACAAGUUCACUGUUAUAGACCAAAGAGGCACCCUCUUGUGGCAUGCUCACUAUGCUUGGCAAAGAGCUUCUGUCUAUGGUGCUUUCAUCAUCUACCCUCGCAUGCCCUAUCCAUUCUCCCCCAGAGUCCAAGCUGAUUUCCCCAUCAUAUUUGGUGAAUGGUGGAAUGAGAAUCCAGAUGAAGUAGAAAUUGAUAUGAUGAAAACUGGAGCUGGACCUGUUAUUUCUCAAGCUUACACUAUUAAUGGCUUGCCAGGACCUCUCUUUCCUUGCUCUACCAAAGAUACCUUCAUCUACACAGUCGAACCGGGGAAGACGUACUUGCUUAGAAUCAUCAACGCAGCGCUGAACGAUGAACUUUUCUUCUCCGUAUCAAGGCACAUGUUGACAGUUGUGGAGACUGAUGCAGUGUACACAAAACCAUUCAAAACCAAAGCUGUUAUGGUUGCACCAGGACAGACCACAACUGUUCUACUCACUGCAGACCAAGUCCCUGACUCCACAGGCAUGUUUGUAAUGGCAGCCAGAGCUUAUCUAACUUCAGUUUUCCCCUUCAACAAUUCCACCACAACCGGCUAUUUAAGGUAUAAAAAUAUAGGUACUGGAAAGUUUAACAUACCAGCUACUCCAACUAGUCUUCAAUUGGACAAUCUUCCUGCAAUGGAAGACCAUAAGUUUGCCACACAAUUUGCUUUCAAGCUUCGAAGCCUUGCGACUCCUCGGUACCCAUGUAGAGUCCCCAAAACAAUCGACAAGCGAAUCGUCACAACAAUAGGCCUUCAACUUCAAGACUGCCCUGCUAAUAAACCCUGCAAAGGAUUCAAUGGUAAGAGAUACCUUGCUUCCAUGAACAACCAGUCAUUUGUUCGUCCAUUCACAUCUUUACUGGAAUCACAUUACAAAAACCAGAGCAAGGGAGGCUUCAAUUCUGAUUUCCCCGAAAAGCCACCUCAUGAAUUCAAUUAUACUGGCAUUGAUCCAGUGAAGGAGAACAUGAACACUGAAUUUGGGACUAAACUUAUAGUGGUUCCAUAUGGUACCAGCAUAGAAAUAGUUCUACAAGACCAGAACUUUCUUAACCCAGAGAACCACCCAAUUCAUGUCCAUGGACACAACUUCUUCAUUGUUGGAAGAGGGUUUGGAAACUUUGAUGUCAAGAAGGAUCCUGUAAACUACAACCUUGUUGAUCCUCCAGAGAGAAACACAGUGGCUGUUCCAAUGGGGGGAUGGGCUGCAAUAAGAAUUAAAGCAGACAAUCCAGGUGUCUGGUUCAUACAUUGUCAUCUUGAAGAACAUACUUCAUGGGGUCUGGCUACAGGAUUCAUAGUGAAAGAUGGUCCACACCCUUCUCAGUCAUUGCUUCCUCCUCCUGAUGAUCUUCCAUCUUGUUGAAACUUCUUCUAUAUAUAUUAGCUAGAGUU